UCAUACAUUUAUUUAAUUACAAUUAUAAGUUCCAAUAAGUGAUAGUGUUGAAAUAAGUGAAAUUCAAAAAUCAAUCUUGUCAUGGAGCAGCAUAUUGUUCCCUCUUGCUCUAGUGCAGUUGAUGAUCCAACUGAAGCAAUCCUAGUGCCUAUAAACGGAAUAGUGCAACCACCAGUUAUGCCAUUGCCAGGUUGUCGAGGCCGUGUGACGAACCAGCUUCAAUUCUUGAAGAAAAACGUCCUGGAAAAAAUAUGGAAUCACGAUUACGCCAAGCCGUUCAAAAAACCAGUAGACACAAUUGAACACAACAUACCGGAUUACUAUAAAGUGAUAACCAAUCCAAUGGACCUUGGCACAAUUAGAAAGCGGCUUAGCAACAGAUACUACUGGUCUUCAGAGGACUGCAUCAAAGAUUUCAAAAUGAUGUUCAAAAAUUGCUAUACUUACAAUGAUCCAGGACAGGAUAUCGUUCUGAUGGCUCAGACGCUUGAGAAGAUAUUCUACCAGAAGAUGGCUCGUAUGCCGAAGAAAGAAAGUGAAGUGCGACGCGAAAGUGGCAAAAUUGGAGAUCGUAGCAGAACUUCUUUUGAUGCUUCAGUCACUAACAAGUCAUUGGAAGCUUCUCCGAAGGAAUUUGCUACGGAGCGAAAUUUUGGGAGUUUGCCAAUUCAAAAUUCCGUUGAGGAACCAAAUGAUCAGGUUAUUAGUGAGGUCGAAUCGACUGUGAAAGAUGUCGAGGUGGAUUCGAGUGUCAUCACGGAGUUUCGUGCUCUGAUGGAACGUCGGAGGAUCACCAGAGGCGAAUUUAGAGAACUCUCUCCCGGGCUCAAGAAUUGUAGGAAAAUCCUGAAGAAUCUUUUCCGUAAAAGACACUCUGAGUAUGCCUGGCCGUUUUACCUUCCUCUGAACGCAAAUCAUUGGAAGUUUGAUGAUUACCAUGAUGUCAUUAAGAAGCCCAUGGAUUUGCUGACUAUCAAGUGCAAACUGGAGGAUCGGAUGUAUGCAACUCCUCAAGAAUUCAUCGAAGAUGUGAGGCUCAUAUUCAGCAAUUGCUAUAAAUACGAUUGCCGUAAGUACAAAUUGGUUUCAAAUGCUCAACAGCUGCAGCAUGUCUUUGAAAUGAUGAUUUCGAAAAUUUAUGAUGAUGUAGAAGAAAUCGAGCUGGAUGAGGACAGCUCGGAUACUAGUAGUAGUAGUAGUAGUAGUAGUAGUAGUAGUAGUAAUAGUUGUGGUAGUAAUGUUUGUAGAAGUCGUAGUAAUAGUUGUAAUAGGAAUAAUCCUGAUAGUUUUAGUGCAGAGACAAUAGAAGGAAUGAGUCCGAAAUUUUGA